UCUAGGGUCAAAUCGGAUUUGCAGGUGUUCCCAAUCUACUGGAUGAUAGUAUGUGUUGAUAAGAUUUUCAUCGACGAACGGCUGCAUUUGGUGUGACUGUCGACUGCUGGUCGCAUAAACGAAAACAUGUAACGAUGUGAAGAGACGUACGAUGUUUGAGCUAAACAACGGGCAGAUGAGACUACCUACGAAGAAAAUGCGACAACUUGUGAUCAUUAUUCUUGUUAUUAUUAUCGUUGCGGUUGUGUAUGGCAGUCUGCCCGGCAUCGAUGAUAGACACAAGAGAAGUUCGGACAGAUACAUAGAAAAUGAACUUCACAUGCUUGAAACUAAAAUCCGAGAUCUUGAAAAAGGGCCUCAGAAGUGGAAGAAGACCUAUCCUGAGGUGAAGUUCUUGACCUAUAAAGACAGGAAGAGGAUUUUGAUCACAGGCGGUGCUGGCUUUGUGGGGUCUCACCUUGUUGACCAGCUGAUGCUCCAAGGUCAUGAAGUUACUGUUGUUGACAACUUUUUCACUGGCAGAAAGCGGAAUGUUGAACACUGGAUGGGACACGAAAACUUUGAACUGCUUCACCACGACAUCGUCAACCCCCUGUACAUUGAAGCGGAUCAGAUCUUCCACCUGGCCUCACCAGCAUCCCCUCCCAACUACAUGUACAACCCCAUCAAGACCAUCAAGACCAACACUAUUGGCACCAUCAACAUGCUGGGUCUGGCAAAGAGAGUGCGAGCCCGACUUCUUCUUGCAUCCACAUCCGAGGUGUAUGGAGACCCCGAGGUGCACCCCCAGACGGAGGACUACUGGGGCCACGUGAACCCCAUCGGUCCCAGGGCAUGCUAUGACGAGGGCAAGAGAGUUGCUGAGACCACGUGUUAUGCUUAUGCUAAACAGGAUGGUGUGGAAGUGAGAGUAGCUCGAAUAUUCAACACAUUCGGUCCCCGUAUGCACAUGAACGAUGGGAGGGUGGUCAGCAACUUUAUACUGCAGGCUUUACAGAAUGAAUCCUUGACUGUGUAUGGGCAGGGUACCCAGACGCGGUCAUUCCAGUAUGUGUCCGAUCUCGUGGACGGCCUCAUCGCCCUCAUGAACAGCAACUACUCCCUCCCCUGCAACCUCGGUAACGCAGAGGAACACACCAUCAUGGACUUUGCGAAAAUCAUCAAGUCCCUCGUCAAAUCCAGCACGAGUAAGAUUGUUACGAAACCAGCAAUGCAGGACGAUCCAAAGCGCCGCCGCCCGGACAUAACACGAGCCCGGAAAUAUCUCAACUGGCAGCCUGUGGUGCCAAUGAUGGUUGGAAUAAACAAGACAAUCCAGUACUUUCAAAAUGAGCUCCGACGAUCUCGCCACAGUGAAAGAAAUUUUCAUCCACCCGAGAAGCUCUUGUAGAAACCAAAUCAGCCUGCAAUAAGGACUUAAAGCAUCACAACUUGAAAAAAAACACAACUCAAUUUAAGGCUAAUAGGGAAUCAGAGAUUUAUCUGAGCAUAUCAGUGAUUUGAGACGCAAAAUGUUCAUAAUUUGUUUAUGUCCUGAAAUAGAAUAUGGCAUUACGGCCCAACGGCCACAGGUGCCCGACCUCCCUGAGCAGCUUGACAGCUGGUUUCUAAUCACUGAUCUGCCCUGAUUAUGAUCCUUCGAUCCAAUAACGCAUAUAUAUGUGAGCUGUUUUCAUUCUGUGUUAUGGAUAUCGAAGAUAAGAAGCAAUUUUCACUCUGUCAUAGCAGGUGAAGUAUACAGUGUACAGAAUACUCAAGAUUCCUGUAAAUUUAUAAUAGCGCAUAUUCCCAGUUUUAUUCAUUUCAGUGAAGAUUUUAACUAUAUAUACUUGUACAAAAGAUUGCUAACCAGCUGACAGUGCUUUUCAUUUUUAGAAACUAAUCAACAUUAAGUCAACUUUAACCAAUAUGAAAGCCAUAUAGUCCUUUCAUUAAAUGACAAUCAGUUUCAAGUUGUUGAUGCACAUUUGGGCACAGUCCCUUUGGUUCACAAAUAUAUCAGGCCCACCAAAGAAAAAAACUAACGUCUUCAAAAACAGAAAUGUGUAUCUCAUUUGAUUAUUUUGCCACUAAAAUAUCAGCAAGCAGCAGCAGAUUUUGCACACGUUUUGCUUGGUUCAUUACGAGUUGACUGUCCACUUUGAAAAUGACGAGUGAGCAGCCCAUUGAUUGUGUUAUGUCAAGUCUGGUUUUUAACACGUUACUUUUCUUCUUUGGUAGGCCUGUUCAUAGUGAAUAUCCAAUGUCUAUUUCUCAAGUGGUUGACAUAGAGGGGGCUCAGAUUUAUUCCCUAUAACCAUUCCAUUACUUCAGCUGAAUAGUAGUUUAAGGCACUUCAGUCACUGUACAGAGUUGUGUCCCUUAGAUGUGCAAGGAUCUGCUGAAAGUUGGUUACCGUUUAAGUUUUGCCACAAUUCUGUUCCUCACUCUGCACGUGUUGGUGGAUUUCAUCAAAGUGUUAAAUGUCAUUGAUCUGCCUCACUUUGACCUGUCCCCCUUGUGUUAGGUAACAGUAACUUGACACACCUUGACAUGGCUGUAAUACUGACCCGUGAAGAUCCAGCGUAGAACAGGUCUUCAGCAACCCUUGCUUGCCGUAAAAGGCAACUAUGCUUGUCGUAAGAGGCGACUAACAGGAUCAGGUAGUCAGGCUCACUGACUUGGU